GUACAACUUCCCUGCGCCCUUCCCUCCUACCACUCCUGACCUCGCCUACCGCUUCACCACCCACUUUAUGCCUCACAUCUCCAGCGUCCUCUCGAUUUCCCCCCCUUGGACCGCGACCCUUCUAAUUGCACAUCCAUGUCUUUGCGAUCCCCUCGGGGCCAUUCGCCCUUACGUUCCCCGGAUCGCAACCCGGCAAGAUCCUCUCGGGGAGAUUCGCGUCCGCGAAGUGCCAGUCGAAGCCCGCUGCCCGCCCGCCACCGCCGUACCAGGAGUAGAAGUCGAUCCUCCUCCCGUGGUCGAUCCCGAUCCCGCUCCCGCUCUCGCAGUCCCAGCAGAGGUGGUCGACGCUACAGGAGCGCGAGUUAUAGUCGCUCACCUAGCCCAGAUCAAAGCCCUCCACAAAGCGCAAAGAAAAACUAACCAAGAAUGUUACGGAGAACCACCUUCGAGAGAUAUUCGGCAGCUUUGGCGAUAUUGA